UCUUUUCAAAUCAUAUGUUUCUCGUCGGCAUUAUUUAUUUACUCAAUUUGUGAUUGUCAUGAACAGUCAUUGUAAACGGUGAAAAUUAAGUGAAAUGUAAAUCAAUAAUGUGAACAAUCAAACUUCAAUCAUGGAAUCGUGUAUCUUGACCAAAAAAUGAAAAUAUACAAACAAUUCAAAUUUUGACACUGGCAACAAAACUCUACUGCAAUUUAGAUACAAUAAAAUUGACUCACCAACAAAUUACAUGAUGAUUAUGCUUAGAUGCCGAUCAAUACGCAUUUGUUUAAGAAUAAACUUGAGCUUUUAUACAAAGUUUCGUCCUUUCUACAUCUUAAUUGUGCUUUAAAUGAUUUGCUUCUGCAAUUUUUUAUCAUCUGUUUAUGUUUAUGUUGAUCAAAUAUGCAUUUCUCGCGUCUGUUUAAAGGCGAAUCGAAAAAAAUUUGCUUUCUACUCAAAGAAAAUCGAAGCUUCAAAAAAGUUUCGGUUGUUCGAAUUUUCAAUGUUCUCCUUUUAUUCACCUUUAUAACCAUUAUUCUUACUACUGUUUGGAUUGACCUCUCAAUCUGGACACGUUUCAAAUUAUCAAACAUAUUUGGUUCCAUCAAUAGAUUGAGAUUUGGAAGCCAAUCUGAUCCAUUUGCCAGGCAAAAUGAACUGCAAUCAAACAACAAGUUGUUAUCCUGGUCAGCCAUAGCGAAACCUUGGUUUAUGACCAACGGUACAAUAACUCCUAAUCCAAGUGACAUUUCCUCGUCUCAGUUACCUUUGUUUCCUGAAGACACAGCAUCCUGGGAUGAUAGGAUUGUAAAUCAGUUAAUGUACAUUCCAUUUGGUUAUGAUUCAUCUAAACUGUUUAAGCAGAGUAAAUUGAAGAAGAUAUUUUUGCUCGAUAAAAGUUCAUGGGGACAAAUGGUACCUUCUGGACAAGAUAUUUUCCUCCGAGACUCGUGUCCUGUAAAUACGUGUCAGAUUACAUUUGAUGCUAAAUACAAAACAGAAGCUGAUGCCAUUAUAUUCAAGGAUCAUUAUUUUAAACCUAAACAUGUGAAGCCUCAAAACCAAAUUUGGAUACUUUAUAUACUUGAAAGUCCAUUGCAUACACCGUCAUUUCGAGGUCUUAAUGAUGUCAUCAAUUGGACUGCCUCUUAUCGUCACGAUUCAGAUCUUGUUACACCAUAUGAGAAAUUUGUUUAUUACAAUUCAAAAUUUAAAGUUCAUUCAAAAUCGGUCAACUAUGCUCAAGGUAAAACUAAAAAAGUCGCUUGGUUUGUAUCAAAUUGUUCAGCGAGAAAUAAGCGACUUCAAUACGCCAGGAUGUUGGCAAAGUAUAUUCAGGUCGAUAUUUAUGGAAGGUGUGGAUCGUUAAAAUGUUCAUUGAACACAGCAGAAAAAUGUUUUGACAAGUUAGAUCGAGAAUACAAAUUUUAUCUUUCAUUUGAAAAUUCCAAUUGUCGUGAUUAUAUCACGGAAAAAUUUUACUCAAAUGGGUUGAAACACAAUGUUGUACCCAUCACAAUGGGAGCUCAUCCAGAAGACUAUAAACGUUCAGCUCCUGCCAAUUCUUAUAUUCAUGUUGAUAAUUUCCUGUCACCUCGUGACUUGGCUCAAUAUCUUGAUCAACUGGAUGCAAACGAUACACUUUUCAAUCAAUACUUGAAUUGGAAAGGAUCAGGAGAGUUUAUAAAUACAUACUUUUGGUGUCGACUGUGUGCCAUGUUACAUGCACCUAUCAAGCCCAAAAGUUAUGAUGACCUAGCAAACUGGUGGUAUGCAUCGUCUAUAUGCACCUCAGACCAAUGGCUAUAAAUGCUAUUCGCCUGAAGAAAGUAUUCGAAUUUAAAGUAUUCGCUACUUAAAUUGUAUGCAAGUUUAUUUGCAAACUUCAACACUUCUCAUGAAAAUGAAAGAUACCAUUUUAUUGAUAGCCAUUGAAGUUAGUCUUCCGAAGCUGGAACUCAUUUCACGCUCAAAAAUUUCUCGCAGCCCAUCUAGUUGAAGCACAAUAGACUCGAAAUAAUGUGAGAUAUUGGAUUGCACUGCCAUCAGGUAAAUUAUGAUAAAUUUAUUUGAUUUUUCAAAGAAAUAAAUUAGGACGCAUGAUAUUCCUCUUUUCUUGCAAUUUUUAGCUGAAUAAUCCGUUUGCAGCUUUAGUGGAGAGUUCAAUGGACCAUCGGCAAAACAUUAGACUAAUUCGUACUUUACUGGUGGCCUUCGAUCUAACUUUCACUGCAAUAAUAAGGUAACAACUAAUGACUGCUUCACUUCCCCCGACUUUGUCAUAAUCUGACUAAAUAUAUAUUUAUGUACACUUAAAGUCAAUUCAGACCGAUUCAAUACAGCUUUAAAAUAAAUGAAAUUUUCAGUUAUGAAUUAAAUUGAAUGGAAAAUUUUAAA